CUCACCCCUCCUUCAAUUCAACAUUGACUGAAGAAUAACAGUUUCACGAAAAGCUAAUAACAGUCGAUCACCUCAAAAUGGCCAACCGCUUCAUCCUCACCCUGUCCUGCCCCGACCGCCCCGGCAUCGUACACGCCGUGACCGCGUUCCUGGUGCAGCACAAUCUCAACAUUGUGGAAUCGUCGCAGUAUGGCGAUGCCAGCUCGCAGCGGUUCUUCAUGCGCAUGCAUUUUGCCGAGACACCAAAGGAGGGCGAGGAGGCAUCGGCGGCCAGCCUGACGCUGCAAGACGUGCGCGCGGCGUUCGCCCCGACCGCGCAGGCGCUGGACAUGGACUUUGAGAUCCACGAAGACACGCGCAAACCCCGCGUGCUGAUCAUGGUGUCGAAGAUCGGCCACUGCCUCAACGACCUGCUCUUCCGGCAGUCGACGGCCCAGCUGGGCAUCGAGGUGCCGCUGAUUGUCUCGAACCACCCCGAUUUCGCCCCCCUGGCGGCCUCGUACAACAUCCCCUUUGUGCACCUGCCCGUGACGGCGGCAACAAAGCAGGAGCAAGAGGCAAAGAUCAUCGAGCUCGUGCGCGAGCAUAAUAUCGACCUCAUCGUGUUGGCCCGGUACAUGCAGGUCCUCUCGCCCACGUUGUGCGACGCCAUGUCCGGCCGCAUCAUCAACAUCCACCACUCCUUCCUGCCCUCUUUCAAGGGCGCCCGCCCUUACCACCAGGCUCACGACCGUGGCGUCAAGAUCAUCGGUGCCACCGCCCACUUCGUUACUUCGGAUCUCGACGAGGGGCCCAUCAUCGAGCAGAACGUCGUCCGUGUCAGCCACGCCAUGAGCCCCAAGGAACUCACCCACGCCGGCUCAAAUGUCGAGAGCAACGUCCUCGCCACCGCUGUCAAGUUCUUCGCUGAGCGCAGAGUCCUUCUUAACGGCCACAAGACGGUCGUCUUCAAUUAAUAAGUUCUAUAUAUCAUACUACACAAACAUAUCUACGGUGUUGGAUAGAUGGGUUGGCGUAAGCCUUUUACAUAUAUAGCAAAUAUAAAUAUUUUUCAAAAGUUAAUAC